UUCGCAUGCAAGCUGAUCGUGGUUUUGCUUUUGUGAAACUAGACUCUCACGAGAAUGCUGCGAAUGCAAUCGUAAAUUUGCAAAAUACGAGUAUCAAUGGGCGAAUUAUUAAAUGCUCAUGGGGAAAAGAUAGGGCACCAGAGCAAGCCACGGCUUCCUACCAUACAUAUGGUGUACCAAGUACGGCUUACAACUAUCCAUACGGAUAUUAUAGUAAUCAUACUGCACAUCCUUAUGCCACACCCGUAAGUGAAAGUGGAUAUGAUCUUCCACCUGGCAUGUCUGCGCCACCGCCAUCUUUAGCAUCUCUUGAUGGUGCUGCUGCUGCUGCGGUAGUCGCAGGUCAACAACAACAUCCUACUGCUAAUUGGGAGCAAUAUUCUUAUAACGGAUAUGACGCGUAUGGUCAAUACUUUCCGUACGGCUACAACCAACCCACUGGUGCAGGUGCUCCUGGCGCUCCGGGGAUGGGAACCCCGACUAGUUCACACACAGUUACUGGAAGUCAUCCGCCUUCAGUUGGUAGUCAUGGUCCUUCUGGUGGAA